AUGAGAUCUGACGAUGAUUUGCCCGCGCGCAAUGCUCCUUUCCAUGAUCCGGAAACAACUUCAACGUAUUCAAUUUCACGUCAAGGAAGAGCGAAAAUGUUCCACGCCCUUCCAGAGCAGCUUAUCAAAGAUUGUCAGCGUCAAUGGUCGGAUAGCUUAACCAGGUUUCGAAAAUACCACGAAGCCACUACUGCUAAUAGUGUAUCAGGAGCAACUGAGAUUCCUGUUCCCUCCAUGAAGACAGUCGCCAGAACACCACGUCCAAGCGAAUCGAAUGUAGGGACCUGCACAAAGUUAUCUGAUCGCGAUGUUUCCUUUUCUUUGGCACCAAGGAACGGAAUGCUCAAGAUAAGUGUAGAUGCAAUGACGGAAUUCAUUUGUGACUAUGCUAAUCGUUGGUACUCUACUCUUCCAUCUAGUGAUCCAAGCAGAGUAACACCUAAUAGACAUCUUCCUGGAACUAUUCCCAUGUUUGCCUAUUGGUCUACUGACUUCCAUGAAGUCAUGGAGCAAGGAGAAAGGCAUGCUGCAGCGGAACUUACCAAGAGGUUUUCGCGAGAAGAAUUUUGGCAGUUGCGCUAUUUUUUCUUCCUUAUUCAAACCGGCUCAGAAGAACGCGACCUAUUUGGACAUAUAGCUGUCUGUGCUAUCUCUCCAGAAGCCAAGACGAUUGAUUAUCUCUGUAGCGCCGACGACGACGGUCUAAUUCGUGGUAGAGGUGCUCAAUGUGUUGAAAACUUCCUUGCUAUGCUUACAAUAUAUCUUGGAGACGAGCCACCAUUGAGUCAAAGAUUCAAUCCAUGCGAUUGGAAACUCCGAACCGGCCGAAGCGAGUUACAAGACGGGGGGAACCUGACUGCGGCGUAUACACAACACGGUCAAGAAAUGCAGAACGGUCGAAUUCGUAUCUGCAGUACUCUCCACGUUAGUGGUUUCAGAGGUUACAAUCCCGCUAAAGGUGCUGACAACGCAUUUUACUACCCUCUGAAUAACCUUUCGCCCCCUGAUUCUUUAAUUGAUAGUUUUGUUCGAAUCCUCCAUUUUCCUGGACUCAUGAUCAAUGAAACUCUCACAGCAGAAGUCCGCCGUCGCUCACCAAUGUACUAUGGCUGUCCUAACAAAGAAACGCUAUAUGCCCAUUGUGAUCGAAACAAACGAUUCUACCCGAACUUUGACAAAAUAGGAAUCAGCGGGCGUCUCAUUACGUUUGCCAAAUUACUGUCUUGGGUCGAACGUUAUGAUCUUGCGAGAGAGAGGGAUGUGGCGCCGUUCCCAAAGCCUUAUCUACAUAACGGUUCCAACGGGAGCAAAGAUUGGAUUCCACCUAGUGCUCACUGGCCGACUCCAAGACUUUGGUAA